GCCAGGCCCAGGCCACACGAGGAAGGCACGCUCUUGCAUCAUGACUGGCAAGGCUGUGGCUGCUGUCCUGAUCCUGCUCCUGGUCUCAGCACUUGGAAUCCAAGGUGAGGCAGUGCCACGCUCGGCCAUCGAGCUCCGGUGCCAGUGCAUAAGCACCCAUUCCAAGAUCAUCCAUCCCAAGCUCAUCCUAAACGUGAACCUCACCCCCAGCGGACCUCACUGCAAGAAUGUUGAAGUCAUAGCUACCCUGAGAAAUGGCAGAGAAGUGUGCCUGGAGCCCACUGCUCCCUGGGUGAAGCUGAUCAUCAAGGCAAUUCUGGACAAGGCCAACACCAAACCUAAGACAGCGUCCUAAAACAAAGAAGAAAAAUGUCCUCACUCCUCCAGGGAGGCAAAAGUAAAGAAGAUACUCACCCAGCUUCUGACAGCUCACCUCUUCCUGCCUCCUACAUUCACACUGCCACAGCAUUUAGGAAAUGUAUUCCCUGGUUUGCAGUUAGUUGACAACAAUACUUUUAGUCUUUUAAACAAGUCUCAUUACGUAGGAAAGAAACCACUUGCACCUCAAC